AAAAUGUUUUACUGCCUAUGAAAAAAUAGCUGUUAAAAAUAUUGAAGGGAAGCAAAGCUCUAGACAACUUUUUGACCAUAACUUUCGCCUGCAAUCAGCAAUGGUAUCAAAAAGGUCAAGACUUCAAGAGUGUUCUACACAUCAAACAAAAUCAGUUCAGAGCUGUGAUGGAGUAUAAGACAUAGGCAGCUACAAAUCAAACAGUACAGACAAUUUCUGUCUUAUAUCACCAUCCAAGAGAAACAGAGCUGGAAGUGUUCCCACAGGUCAACUGCUGGAGGAGUGCUCUGAAAAGCUGAAUCUGAACAUGGCUGCACAAUGAGUGUUCUUGGCAGACGGCACCGAAGCACUAGAACCUAAAGACAUACCCCAUGAUGCCGACGUUUAUAUUUCGACUGGAGAGACCUUUUUAUACCCAUUCAAAAAAAUAAAAGACCAUCUGUCAUUAAUGAAGAAAGUGUCUUGGAGAAUGAAUGGCCUGGUUCUUCAUAAUGGUGUCAAGCGAAAGAAAACCAAGCCUGUCAUUUCCAACUGCAUGUAGAAAAUUAUUGAGGACACCUCUGACAGAAUUUUAGUGUUGAAGAACUGCACAGGGCAGGAUAACUAUGAGACUAUUGCAUCACAAAAUCAAAUUGAGAAG